CUAAAGAAGGAAACAAACAUCCACCCAGUAAGAGCUGGAGAAGAGAUCGCCACAAAGAACGCGCAGGAAGGAGGGCGACGAACGGAGAGCGUAACCCAUCCGAAGCGGCUUUAAAACGGACAAGCACGCCGCAUUAAGACCAGAGAAGGACGAGCACCAGGAAUUGACAAAUCCUCCAUCUUUUUUUUUUUUUUUUGUGUGUGCCAUAAACGUCAGGUUGUUUUUCUUUUUUUUUUUCCACGUCGCCUCGCGAGACAGUCGUCGACUUUCAUCAGCAAUGGCCCAAGAGACGAACCAGAGCCCGGUGCCCAUGUUAUGUGCCACAGGCUGUGGUUUCUAUGGCAACCCGAGAACCAAUGGUAUGUGUUCUGUAUGCUACAAGGAGCAUCUGACACGGCAGCAGAGCAGCGACCGGAUGAGCCCCCUCAGCCCUAUGGGCUCAACAUCUAGUCCUACCUCAGAGGCCUCCGCAAUCCAGAGACUAGAAGCCAGUCUAGCAAAGGUUGAUGCCUCCCCUGCCUCCUCGCCAGACAUGUCUAGAACUAUUCAAGGGUCUCUUCCUGUGACUCAACAAAUGACAGAAAUGAGCAUCUCGAGAGAGGACAAGCCUGAAUCCCUCGAACCUGUUGUAAACCAGCCAGCUGCCUCUAGCCCAACUCCUUUAGCUUCUUCCAGCAGUGACGAUAGCAAGGAUGACUCGUCCAAGCCAAAGAAGAACCGAUGCUUUAUGUGCCGCAAGCGGGUGGGCCUUACAGGAUUUGACUGUCGCUGUGGAAACCUCUUCUGCGGUAUCCACCGGUACUCUGACAAGCACAACUGCCCCUACGACUACAAGGCCGAGGCGGCCGCCAAGAUCCGUAAGGAGAACCCCGUGGUGGUGGCUGACAAGAUCCAGAGAAUAUAGAUCUCGCGAGGCAAACGAUGCAAGUGGCAGUGAUGAAGAUGACACUUUUUUGAAAAAAGACUGCAGUGUUUAACCUUUGGAAUUGAGCACUGGCAUUUGUGGCCAAGUGAGGAUGGAAAGGACUUGAUUUACAAAAAUUAAAACCUCAAGAAGACAUUUGGGGGGAAAAAAAAAAUCAUGUCUGAAGGAGAUGCAUGAAUGAUCACCUUGCUUCCCUUUUGAUUAAUCCAUUUGUUAGUUUUAUCUUAUUUUCUGUGGUGUGAUUUUUCUUCCUAAGAAUACAUAUUGUCUUAUAAAGAGCAGCCCAGAGUAAAUGUCUGAGACAAGCUGCACUCCUCUCACCGUAACCAGGCAUACAGUGCCAAACUGUAGACCGCCAUUCUUGCUCAGACCCUGUCAUGCGUCAGAAACCAAGUCCAAGUCAAGAAUUGAGACCACGUUGCAUGAGCGUACAACUGUCCCCCAAAAUGUUGCACAAGGGGUUCUGUUACUUUGUCUCUGUCUUUCCCGGCUUUACCUACCUCACAGCUGCUCUGGUCUCCUCGUUGUCUUCUUUUUCUCUCUCUCUUUUUUUUUUUUUUUUUUCCUCCCCUUCUUUCUCUUUGUGCUCAUCCACUGUGACCCCAGCAGAGCAGCAUGUCACCGCUCAUCCGCCUCAGUGACCCCUCUGAUCAGCAUUCUUAUGUUGACUGAUUGGUUUGAUUGUGAUGAGGCUCAUUCUCGUUUAAUUCUGGAGGUAUAGUGCAGGACAGGGACAAAUAGACUCCACGUUUCACUAAAUUUCAGCCCUAGCAGUUGGCAUUCUUGGAAAACGAGCUUGCGCGUGAGUGACAGGCUGGAAGGAUGGAGGCCUCACAGCUCAAUAUUGGCUACAAAGUUGAAUGAAUGGGAUUUAUGCAUGGGUUUCUCUUCCUCUACAGGAGCGUUUCCAGUAAAAUGGGCUCAGUCUGGUUGGGUUGCAGGCAUUUGUACUUGCUCAGACAAUUGUUUUAUUAGCUUUUUUUCCCCCCCACCCCUUUCGCAUCAAUUGUGUUUUGAUGUCGGCGCAUGUCUUCAGUGCAUAUGUGCAGUUAGGAUAUGUGACCCAUGAUUUUGUCUUUGGUUUUUAUUAAUUUUAAGUGCGCUAACAAAACGUUCAUAUGAGCACUGUGUGUGUCUGUGGAGAAACAAGGUUUAUCAGCACAUGUUUACAGAAAACUACAGGAGCAUGCCAGAGGUAGAUUUAAAUAAAAUGAAAUAUACUAGACCACCACAAUUACAUGUAGCGUGUGUGCUUGCGUGCAUGUUUGUGUGUGUCUGCAAAGUGUGUUUUCAUGGCUGCCUGACACAUUGUAUGUAUGUGACUUGUGUUAAUCUCCUAGUGUGUUUUUCAUUUAAGACAACUAUGUAUCCGUUUGAUUUCCACCCCCACCCCCCCCCCCCACCCCGAGUCUGUCUGAUUCUUAGUUAUAUGCAAAUUUGUACAAAAAUUAAAAAAACAACAACAAACUGUUGAUAUUUAUGUAUUGCAUAUAAUCCUGCUAUCCAGCAUUACCACAGAAUAGUAUCAUGUAAAUAAAACUGUACAGAGAGACAUUA